AUGUCUCAUUACGGAUCUGGCAGUUGGAAUCUUACACGUUCUCUCGGUUCUUUCAUCUCAUCUUUCCUAAAAGAAAAGUUCGAGAACCGACAAGGUAGAAUCGUGGCUUACACGGAUGUUGGAUUGGUUUUGAUUCAUGUAGUAACUAGUCAAUCCUUCUACGUGGCUAAUCCUGUUUCAAGACAAUGCGUAGAGAUCCUUCCUCGUGUUCCUCUAGAGAAAUGUUUUUGGAUCCUUGGAAUUGCUACACGAACCAAGGACGGAGUCGUUUUGGGUUACAAAGAACUUGUGAAUCCCAUUAGCUUGAACGGAAGCAUUCAUUGGCUCGCCCAUAAUCACGAGCAUCAAGAUUUUGUUGUAUCUUUCGAUUUCUACGCUACUGGGAUAGGCCAAAACAUGAGAAAAACCUUGGCGAGGUGGGCUCGCCCUUAUAAGAAACAAUGCUCUUACACUGAUAGACUGGACGAGCUUGUUCUCAUGAUCAUAUGGAACCGCCUUGACCUCGCUCGCCGUGAUGACGAGAAGGACGCUAUAAGAAGUCUUGAUCUCUUGUAUAGAAGAGUCGAGACAGAGAUCUUAAAACGGCAAGCAAGUCCUGCGAUGAAGCUGCUGAAUGAUCUUCUAAACAUGCAUGAUGGCUUUGGAGACGAUGCUUGGCUGAAAGACUGCAGAAAACGAAUGGCUGAGACAUUCCCACGGGAAGACCCCUUCAGCAUUCUAAUGCCACCCGGUUUCGACAUUGAUAUGCAUCAAGGACCGUUACGGUCGCUCGUUGAGACAGACAACACCCUUCUGAGAGUAGACUUUGUAAGAGAAGUUGAUGCAUUGCUGCAUGAAGUGAGAUUAAUAGAGGAAGACGAGGAGGAAGCUGGUAAGAAAGGAGACCCUGAAGCGAUAGCACGUAAGUUGAAGCAGCAAGAGAAGAAGCGAACCAUCCGUCAAGUUGAAGCCCUUCUUGAUUUGGCCCUCAACUUGAAGUGGUAGGUUAGGUACCAAGAGUUGUUUGUAAAGAAAAUACGAUACUAAUAGGAUUGUGGGAGCAUCAUGCUUUUUCUUAAGGAAUAUUGGUCAGAUCAAAAUUUUACCCGCAUUAUUCUGCAUGAUGAGGGCUUGGAAGAA